AUGGCGCCGAUCUUGAGGAGGGAGAGCUUCUCCCUGGCGGUGGCGCUGCUGAUCUGCUCCCUCGCGGCGUCGCCGGCGGCGGCGGACGCGCCGACGGCCUACGAGAUGCUGGAGAAGUACGGCUUCCCGAAGGGGAUCCUGCCGGAGGGGGCGACCUCGUACGUUCUGCGGGAGGAUAAGACCUUCGAGGUCCAUCUGGGAGGCCGCGGCGACUGCGAUUUCGCUGUGGAGGGGGGUUACCUGCUCAACUACAAGAGGAAGAUCUCCGGGAGACUGGACGAGGCCGCUGGAGCUCUGACAGAGCUCAAGGGAGUCAGCGUGAAGGUUCUCUUCGUCUGGUUUGGGAUCGGCGAGGUCGUGAAGGGGCAGAACUCACUCAGCUUCUACGUCGGCCCUCUCUCUGCCUCAUUCCCCCUCUCCAACUUCGAGGACUGCCCUCGCUGCCGCUGCGGCUUCAACUGCUCCCCCGAAGCCGCGGAGGAAGCCGCCGCCGCCUCGUUCGCAGAUUCAUAG